GUCCCACACAUGAAUCCGGACUCGGACCAAAAUGAAUUUGGCCCAAGCCUGGACAGAAUUGUAAAUAGUGAUUUUUUUUUUUGGGCUGGGCUUCAGUUAGCCUUGUAGUGGUGAAAGAUCUCUCUGUAUUCAAUAUUGCAACCAUCCGCCAUUUUUAGGGUUUUCUACAGAGCGACCACAAAUCCUUGCCGGAACGAAAAUGUCUACCCACAUCAACGAAUUAAAAGAGUAUUUGAAUGCUUCAUUCCUUGAUAAAAAAGUGCGGGUUCGUGGAUUUGUACCUGAGGACCAUCACUCCGUUCCCGAAAUGGUUUCGAUCGGCCCUCACUUCUCAAAUCUUUCAUUACCGAUUGACGACAACGUGAAGAUUCAACUGGCUUCAUUUCUCAUUUGGUCAUCUUAUCGACCUGUUAGUUUCGACAGUUACAAAGCAGCCAUUGAAGAUAUACUCGAAGAAGGUAUGCAAUUUUAUUCUGAAACCAGUCCUAGCAAUUGGACAGGAGAAUCAACUGAAGAGAUAAGAUCCUCAACUGAAGAGAUUGAAGAGAUAAGAUCCUCAACUGAAGAGAUAAGAUCCCGUUUUAGAUCUAUGUUUUUACUUGACGGUUGCUUUAUUGUUUACCUAAUUGAUGCUUUGUGUAAUGGUGAUGAGAGUGGUGGAAGGUUUUUUGGAAUUAUCAGUGCCAAAAAAUGUUACAGGGACCUUUGUCUGCUAUUGAAUCAGAUCCCCUUCGUGGUGGUUCAAAAACUUCUUUGGGUAAGAUUGUACGGUUCAAAGAGUAAUUCUCCUGAUGUGAUGAUUAAAGUCCAUCAACAUUUAGCUGCAUUUUGCAGAUAUAUAAUUUCUGGGUACAGAGUACGUACUCUCAAGAGAUUGAUUUGCCUAAUUUUGGUGCUGCUCGUCCUGCCCAUCUCUUAGAUUUGGUUAGGAUGUACAUGGGGUCGAGUACUCUGAGUUCUCAUCAUGUAAUCUUCCCUAUUGGAUUAGCUGUUACAGAAAGCGUUUUGAAUGAAAACAACCUAUAUUCGGCCUAUAUGUCGAGGGAGAAUUUGGGAAUUUCAUUUGAAGUGGGGAAUGUUCUUGAACUGGGUAGAAUUGGGUUCCAAGAUGGACAUUUUAAACUUCCUAAAGUAAUUAUUUCAGAACAUUCAGAGACUUUGUUUGUGAAUCUAAUAUCUUGUGAGGAUGCUUUAGAUAAAAAUGGAGUUAUUUGUACCUUCAUGUGGUUGAUGGGAGUGUUGGCACGCGAUGAGAGGAGUGUUGGGAUUUUGAAGGACAAACAUAUUAUUGUAUCAGAGUUUGAGGAUACAAAGAUUGUUGAUAUUUUCAAGCGGGUGUCUAGACAUUUGCUACCACAGAUUCUUUAUUUGGAAGGAGUUCUACAUCAGAUUGGAGUUUAUAAAAAAUCCCGUUACAUGUCAUAGAGAAGAUGUGCUUUUAGAAUGCUUAACUUUUUCUUUGGCAAUAUUGGGAGGGGAUUCUCAACCUUGAGUGGACUUCUUGGGUUAGUUCUAACAGUUUUUGGCAAUAUUGGGAAGGGAUUCUCAACCUUGAGUGGACUUCUUGGGUUAGUUCUAACAGUUAUUGGACUUUUUCCCAUAUUGAAAGAGCUGAUUAAGAAAAUCUUCCGGUUAAAUUCACAUGAAUCAGAUGUGGGGUCGAUCAAAGGGUGGUCAGGCAUUUGAGUACUGGAGCAUUCGUAAAGAAGAGUCUCAAAGUAGGCUUUUGUGAUGGGGAGAGGAUCAAGGUGACUCCUAGUGAAGUAGGAGAGAGUUAAUGUAAAAGAAGGAAAGCUGCAUUUAUGGAAGCAAAAAAAAAAUGUAAAAGAAGGAAGCUGACAUUGCGCUAAGAGGCCCGAUUGAGUUUCUUGAGGAAAAGAAGAAAAGUAAAGGAAUUAAAGCUAGUGAAAAGGUGGGCUAUGAGAAACAAGAGGAUGAGAUCAAAGUAAAAUGUUGCAGCAGUUUGGAAGAAAAGUUUGUAUGUUGAACAACCUCAUUUAUAACCAACAGUUUUUGUUGUAGCAGCUCAUCUUCCACACACGAGAGCCUUCUGACAUUUCUUUUGUAUCACUUGAUAUAUUUAUUUUAGGGUAUGAUACUGAUGAAUGAUGAAUAUGUAAAUCCAAAGCUUCUUGUUGACUAUGUUUGCUUAAAUUACUUCAUGUGAUUAUUUGAGCUAUUUGUAUAUAUUAUUCAACUUGUUGGUUAUGGUCUAGAAA